GACUCCGCGCCGCGGCCCGGUGCACUUGCUCCAAUCGCCCUCUCAGAAGCGGGCAGAAGGCGGGGCGUGGAUCAUGCCUCCGCGCGUCCCGGCUGCGUGCCGUGGCUUCCUCCCUCACCCAUGUCCGGCCCGGGCCCAUCCCUCGCCGGUGUCCUGCAGGUUCUGGAAACUGCCAGCCCGGACAAGCUGGCCGGCCUGCAGCAGAAGCUGAGGACGCCCGGGCCCGGCGGCCCGGAGGCCGAGCUCCUGCGCGCCAUGGUGGCGCUGGCGCUGGGUGGGGACGAGGCGGCUGCCCGGCGGGUGGCUGGCGUGUGGGUCAGCGUGGACGGCAUCCGGGCCACGGAGGAGACCCCGGAUGUGUCGUGGGCCGUGGCUCGCUUGUAUCACCUCCUGGCCAAGGAGAAGCUGUGCCCGGAGUCUGCGCGGGACGCGGCCUACGCGGCGGCCCUCCGCGUGCUGGACGCCCAGGGUGACCGCCGGCUGGACCAGCUCCGCGGCGAGGCCCAGGCCCGGUGCGGGGGGGCCGCGACGGCCGACGCGGGGGGCUUCCAGCCGCUCCGAUCCGACCGGGGUGACCUGCCCCCCGCCUCACCGCCGCCCUCGGCGGCCCGCAGCCAGCCCUGGCCCAUCAGCGCGCUGGCCGGCUGGAGCCGCGCCUGCUCCCUGCGCUCCAGCGGCAGCCCCGGCUCCUUGGGCGCCGAGCUGGAGAUCAGCCAGUCCCCCACGCUGCCCUUCCUGAGCCCACACCGCGCCACCCACGGGCCCAGCAAGCUGGGCCCAAAGCCCCCGUGUGCACCCAGGGGCCGCCAGGAGCCGGAGGAGGUGAGCUGGCCCUCCUCUGCGGAGCCCCUGGACCGCGACCAGCUGCACCCCGGCCCAGGGCACCCCGAGCUGGCCCUGGCUUCCGUCUCAUCUAACUCCACCGUACCUCCAGAUGGGGGCUCCCAGGGCUCGUUAGAGAGGACUGGGGUGUGUCGGGAUCCCCCGUUGCUCCUCUCGGCCAGCUUGGACCCCACGGAAAAUCCUUGCCCUGGUGAAGAUCACACAACCCUCCGGAGUCCUGGAGAUGCCACCAGGACCAAUGCCCAGCCCUGCCCAGCAGCCUCCUCCUUCCCCCCAGCCCCACCUCCUACUCCUGUCCCCCCAUUGACUUCUGGUCCUCAAGCCUCCUCAGCCUCCUUCCCUCCAUCCUCCUCUGCCAACUUACCUCCAGCCUCCUCUUCCUCAGCCACCGUCCCUCUGGCCUCCUCUUCCCCGGCCUCCUUCCCUCCGGCCUCCUCCUCCUGGGCCUCCUUCCCGCCAGUGUCGUCCUCUUCAGCCUUCCACGCAGACACGACAGGACAAAAGUUCUACAACUUCGUGAUUCUGCACACCAGAGCGGACGAGCACGUGGCCCUGCGUGUCCGGGAGCGGCUGGAGGCCCUGGGGGUGCCCGAGGGGGCCACGUUCUGUGAGGAUUUCCAGGUGCCUGGCCGCGGCGAGCUGCGCUGUCUCCAGGACGCCAUCGACCACUCCGGCUUCAUCAUCCUGCUGCUCACGGCCGCCUUCGACAGCCAGCUGGGGCUGCACCAGCUGAACCAGGCGCUCAUGAGCAGCCUCACGCAGCGGGGCCGCCAGGACUGCGUGGUCCCCUUCCUGCCCAUCGAGAGCUCCGAGGCACAGCUGGGCCCCGACACCACCAGCCUGCUGGCCGGCCUGGUGCGGCUGGACGAGCGCUCCGCCAUCUUCGCCAGGAAGGUGGCCAACACCUUCGCCCCGCAGCGGCUGCUGGCGCGCCGCGCGCACUGGGCCCAGGAGCAGCAGGCCCGGGCCCUGCGCCCGCAGCCCCCCGGCCACGCCACCUACCCCACGGCCAGCCUGGGGGCCUGGGGCGCCUCCCAGCCCCAGAUCCACGCGCUCCAGGAGGCUUUGAGGAGCGGCCUGGUGCUGGGGACUCAGACAAGUCAGCCCCUUCGAGUGCCUUUGGGGGGCCAGGUGCCCCCCUUUUCUACCUGGCCAGGCUCUCCACAGACACCAUCAUACGCCUGGCAGGCUGGCACCCUACCACCGGCCUUCCCGCAGCCCCCUUCCUUUCCUCAGCCCCCCACUUCCCCACCAACGCCCACAGUGCCUCCUCAGACCCCCGGAUCACAGCCUCUCAUCAUCCAGCACGCUCAGAUGGUGCAACUGGGGCUCAACAACCACAUGUGGAACCAGAGGGGGGCCCCAGCACCCCAAGAUGACACGUCACCCCAAGAAGCAGACAGACCAAAUGACCACGACUGAUCAGGCCGGGGCCUGGGAGACUGACCUGCAUUCCAGCCACACACACACACACUGGCAGAGAGAAAUGCUACCCAGGGUGCGGUGCCUGUUUACCCAGAGCAACUUGGAUAUUUUAUUGUAAUAAAUAUUUAUUGAGCGUUUCUUCUAGGCCGCGCCCUUCCGGAUCCCAUCUAACAAUCCCGCGCUUCACCUUCCCCCCAGUAAAGGGAAGUUCAUUGUUUUA